AUGAAAUUUGGCGCCCAACUGUUGCUUGUUACGAGGCAAGAAGCCGUACUUCAAAAGAUUGUAGCACACUGUGGCAAAUUAAUUGGGUGCUCAAUAGCAAGCUACAUGUAGCUGAUCUGUCUUCUUAGGAGGGUGCCAUGCACUUUGCUGCUGUAUGUACAGCGUGAAAAGAAAGUUGUGUCCAAUAGCCUGGGGUUAGUGGAUUUUGCUAUCGGGCUAGUGAUUUUUGUUCUUAACUUAACUGAUGGGCAAGUACUGUUUUUUGGGGGAAAUUCAAAUUACAGAAGGAUUGUAAUCAAUCCUGCUAAUCAAAAAGGGUUUUGGGCUAGUUGAAAUGACUUGUGAGCUAGUACAUACUAGCUACAGCUUGCCUGAAUGGCAGGCUGUAAAACUGACUUUCUUGGCACCCCAGUGUAUUCUAUCUUUUUCUUCAUAACUGCAUAUCAAGUAUCUCAAAGAAUCAGCUUUAUUUAGCUGGAGGGAGCACAGAGGGUCUAAACUUCCCACCCCCAAUACCUUGCAUUCUCGGCUUCCUCCCGUUUUUUUUCUUAUUUACAAUGAGGUUAAUUACAAUAUUACUGAAGAUUUCAUUUUAGGGUAUGAAACAAUAGCCACACUUGUAGAAUUUUAUUGAAUUGACCCCUGGGAUUAAGUUUUACAGCUGAACCCUAUUAUUAGUAUCCACCCUCAGGGCACUGGCAAACUGGCAAUUGGCUGCUUAAUGAGGACUGGUCACUCAAUAGACAUUUGUCAUAAAUUAGCAUUAUCUUUAGCAGAAACAAUCAUUUAAUUUGAAACAAACAUGCAUGGGAUGGGAGGGACAUUACUGGUCAUCAGUCAGUCAUCACCUUCCAUCUUGGCUGGGGGGAUGGGGGGUAGGGGGUAGGUACUUCCUUAUAAUAGGCUAAUGGGGUUACAUUUUCACGACUGGAUUGACUAUAAUGGGGUCGUAUUUUCAAUAGAGUUACUAGAAUGGGGUCACACAUUUUCUGAUUUUUGUGGGGUAGAACAGUUCUUCAUAUUUACGGUCAGCAAAUGUACCAGAAUGUUUGUACUGUAGAUGAAGUGUUCUUCAUAAAAAAAUUGGUCAAUUCAUAAAAAUAGAAAGUGACUAAGUUGGGAUCCUGAAAAUUAGAUAUUUGCGCAAAAGUAACUAAGAUGGGGUCUAUAUUGGCCACAGGAUAGACUACGAUGGGGUAGGGGAUCUGAGAGGCCAGCGGCACAUACCCAGCAAAAAUUAACCCAAGUACCACCCCCCCCCUCCCCAGGCAUCUUGGACUGUAUUUUCUUUCAUCAGAUAUUAAAAACAAAGUUACACAAAAUGUAUCAAGGGCUUAAUAGCUGCUUAAUAGAGUUGACAACAAUGAGAGAACUAUCAAGAUGGCCACGGCGGUACUAUGGGACCUUGAUUACUGGUUGCUUAAUAGCGGGUGGCUGCUAGACUUUGAGCAGUCUCCCUUUUCUGCAGAUUUAGUGUGGGGAGUGCAUGUGUGCAUGAGUGCCUUCAGUAACAUGCGUGGUCAUUUGCGUGUCUUGCACAUUUCGCUCGACAGAUGGAGAAAAAAGAGAGACUGCUUGUAGUGUAGGUGUCUGCAUAAUGGAGGUUCAACCGUAUUUCCUAAAGUAUGAUUUCCAACAUUUUUGUAGGAGACCAAAAAGCUGUUUGAUGGGGGGCCAGACAUCCUUAUCCUUAAUCAUCUGACACCAAUAGUUUAUGACCUGUGGAAUGAGAACAGCGACCUCAACAAACUCCCACAAUACUAUGCAGUUAACACCAUUAGCUACAUCAACAUAGCAACAUUACUUCUUCCUGAACUCCACAAGACUAAUGGAAGCAUUGUAGUGGUGUCAUCAUUUGCAGGGGUUGUCUCAACGCCAAGGGCUGCGCCAUACUGUGGCAAUAAGCAUGCUCUACAUGGAUUUUUUGACACUUUGAGGCAAGAUUUGGCAAUCCAAGGACAAGGAGACAUCACUAUCACCCUGUAUGUCCUUGGAUAUAUAGAUACAAAGAAUACUCGUACAGGAACGAAAGGUACUCCAGUUUAUGACAGUGUUAAACCUGAGCCUGUCAAUAAAUGUGCUCUUGCUAUGAUCAAAGGAAUUGCUCUCAGAAAGUGGCAGAUGUAUUUUCCCUGGUAUCUUAGCAUUGUAGAAACAGUACAUUUCUUCUUUCCAGACUUUGUAGAAAGCGUAAUCCAAGUUGCAACUAAUGAAAAACCAGUCCAUGACAUGUGGAAUUGGUAG